AACGGUUCCAACGGCGUUCCCGUGGCGAGUUCCACCUGAAGACCUGCUCUCCGCGCCUCACCACCGUCUAUUUCCGCCCUCGUACCGUUGCCUCGUCGCUCUCUCUCUUCCUUCACCUACUCUUCCUUUUCUCAUCGUCCCUCCCAUCUUUCACUGUUUCUGCCCUCUCUUCUUUUCUCCGUUCUACACCACUCAUCUUUCGGGGUCUUUGAGGAAUGGAUGAGGAAUACGAUGUCAUUGUGCUCGGGACUGGGCUCAAGGAGUGCAUUCUAAGUGGCCUUCUCUCUGUCGAUGGCCUCAAGGUCCUUCAUAUGGACAGGAACGACUAUUAUGGGGGGGAAUCGACAUCUCUUAGUCUUGUACAGCUCUGGAAGAGAUUCAGAAGCAAUGAUAAACCUCCAGAAUUAUUGGGUUCAAGCAGGGAGUACAAUGUGGAUAUGAUCCCUAAGUUCAUGAUGGCAAAUGGUACUCUCGUUCGUGUUCUUAUCCGCACUGGGGUUACUAAGUACUUGAACUUCAAAGCAGUUGAUGGUAGUUUUGUCUAUAACAAUGGAAAGAUCUACAAAGUGCCAGCUACUGAUGUUGAAGCUCUGAAAUCUACAUUAAUGGGACUCUUUGAGAAACGCCGUGCUAGAAAGUUCUUCAUUUAUGUACAAGAUUACGAAGAUGAUGAACCAAAAUCUCAUGAAGGGCUGGAUCUCAACAAAGUUACAACUAGAGAUGUCAUUUCCAAAUAUGGGUUGGAGGAUAAUACAGUCGAUUUCAUUGGGCAUGCAUUGGCGCUUCAUAGAGAUGAUAGCUACUUGGAUGAGCCUGCAAUUUAUACUGUAAAGAGAAUGAAGCUAUAUGCUGAAUCAUUGGCUCGCUUUCAAGGAGGUUCUCCUUAUAUCUAUCCACUGUAUGGGCUGGGAGAGCUUCCUCAGGGUUUUGCUCGUCUAAGUGCUGUCUACGGUGGCACCUACAUGCUCAACAAACCAGAAUGCAAGGUAGAGUUUGACACUGAUGGAAAAGCCUAUGGUGUGACAACAGAGGGAGAAACCGCCAAAUGCAAAAAAGUAGUCUGUGAUCCUUCCUACUUGCCUGAUAAGGUCAAGAAGGUUGGAAGAGUUGCACGAGCUAUAUGCAUAAUGAGUCAUCCAAUACCAAAUACCAAUGAUUCACACUCGGUGCAGAUCAUUCUACCCCAGAAACAACUAGGACGCAGAUCCGAUAUGUAUGUCUUUUGUUGCUCUUAUGCUCACAAUGUUGCUCCCAAGGGAAAGUACAUUGCUUUUGUUUCAACUGAAGCUGAAACUGACCAUCCUGAGACAGAGUUGAAGCCCGGGAUUGAUCUACUUGGUCCUGUAGAUGAGACCUUUUUUGAUAUUUAUGAUAGAUAUGAACCUGCCAACCACGAUGAACAGGACAACUGCUUCAUAUCCACUAGUUAUGAUGCAACAACACAUUUUGAGUCAACAGUUCAAGAUGUUAUCUCCAUGUACAAGAAGAUCACUGGCAAGGAGCUUGAUCUAUCAGUGGAUCUCAGUGCUGCCAGUGCUGCUGGUGAAGAUGCUUAAUUUUCUUUAUUUCUAUGACCAAAUAAAAGAAUAUGUAGACUGAUAAUUUAUUUCUGUAUGUUUUUUUGUCUAUGUACCUGCAAGAAAUUACAUUGUUUACUUCUUUAUUAGUGCAUGCAAAUGGGCUAAAAGAAUUAUUAA